AGCCAAUGGCAUAGGAGGAACCUGUCCUCUUACUGGUUGCAAGUGUAAGAAUGAGGCGGGAGCCGGCUGUGAGGCGGGGCUUGAGUAUCAUGUAGCAUGCUAGAUUGAUUACUCUUGAAUGUUAAAGGGGAAGGAGGCUAGAGAUUGCUGUUGUGAGUCGGGAGUGCCGCUGUACUGUUUGCCUGCUGUUGCCUGCUGCGGUGCCGGGCUCUCUGUUCCCCCUCGCCCUCUUCUGUGCGCUGGGCCAGGGGUCAGCUCAAAGACAAAUGCACAGGUCACUGGUUAGAGAGAGGGAGAGGGGUUAGGGGGUGUAGAAGGCAGAGAGACACAGAAGGUCAGCGAGUUGGAGGGGACUUGCUCAGAAGAGAAACAGGAGGGACGGGGGCUGUAUGUUUGUGCAGGAGGAGGACGCUGGGGGGCUGCUGAAGGAGACCGGGCAAUGUGUAAAGGGAGAGUGGGAGAGAGAAGGGGGAGGGGAAGAAGAAGGGGGGGGGGGGGGGGGGACUUGCUCUUCUCUGUGUGUCCGGGCUGAGAACCUUUUUAAAGCCAUCCAGUGGAGCCAGUGUGCCUUUUGUCUGUUGAUACGAUCAGGGGACUGCAGGAAGUGAAGGAGCUUGAGAGUUUUUCUGUCAACCUCUGUGCCUCUUCUUCCUGCUGCUGCUGCUGCAUGCGCUCAAGGAGACUUGAACAGGGCUAUCUGUUUCCCUCUGCUCUGCUCUGCUCCGCUCCAACAGGGCAGACUGUUCACCAUGAAGGGCACAGAGCAAAGUAGAGGAUGUCUGCGGAUGCGUUUGGAGCCGGGGGCAGCGAUGCCCAGCAGACCUUGCAGUCCUUCUGGCCUCGUGUCAUGGAGGAGAUCAGGAACCUGACUGUGGAUUUCCGUGUGCAGGAGUUGCCUCUAGCCCGAAUCAAGAAAAUCAUGAAGCUGGAUGAGGAUGUCAAAAUGAUCAGUGCAGAGGCUCCGGUUCUGUUUGCCAAGGCAGCUCAGAUCUUCAUCACGGAGCUCACACUCAGAGCGUGGAUCCACACUGAGGACAACAAGAGACGCACACUACAGAGGAACGACAUUGCCAUGGCAAUAACUAAGUUUGACCAGUUUGACUUCCUGAUUGACAUCGUGCCCCGGGACGACCUGAAGCCCCCUAAACGACAGGAGGAGAUGCGUCAGUCAGUAGCUCCUGCAGAGCCGGUGCAGUACUACUUCACCCUGGCCCAGCAGCCCGGAGCCGUGCAGGUGCAGGGAACACAACAAGUGCAGCAACAGGGCGCACAGACGGCCACGACCAUCCAGCCUGGACAGAUCAUCAUCGCACAGCCACAGCAAGGACAGAUGCUGCAAGGUGCCACCAUGCAGCAGUUACAGCAAGUGCAGGUGCAAUCACAGGGCACACCCAUCACGAGUGCGCCGGUGGCCAUGCAGGUGGGUGACGGCCAGCAGCUGCAGAUCGUCCAGACCACAGCUCAGGGUCAAGCUCAGGCACAAGGCCAGGGUCAGACUAUGCAGGUGAUGCAGCAGAUCAUCACCAACACGGGAGAGAUUCAGCAAAUCCCGGUGCAACUAAACACGGGCCAGUUACAAUACAUCCGUCUAGCUCAGCCUGUCUCCGGAGCACAAGUGGUCCAAGGACAGAUUCAGACUCUCGCCAAUGCCCAGCAGCUCACACAGGCAGAUGUUCAGCAAGGACAGCAGUUCAACCAGUUUACUGAUGGACAGCAGUUGUAUCAGAUUCAGCAGGUGACCAUGCCAGCAGGACAGGAGCUGACCCAGCAAAUGUUCAUUCAGUCCACCAAUCAGACAGUUGACGCACAGGCCACGCAGGUCAGCACCGAAUGAGCCCAACCAGGAACCUUUACUUCAAACCCACACGACAGACAUCCCACACGCACCAGCCCAUGCGACGCAGAAGGACGCCACCAGUCUUCACAGAGGAUGCUCGACACGCCUCGAUUUUAAGCACUGCUCCCUUUAGAUGAGGGUCCUGUAAUCUUGUAACAAAAUUAGAACACUGGAUCACAAACCAAAGGGACACUGAUUGACUCUUUCAAAAACGCACGCUUCGAUUACAUUUUGUACUUCUGCCACCCACAUCUGUAAAGACUUAAUGCAUCUCCUGCCCCAGUCUCUCCAUCAACCAACUCUA